AGGCGCGGGUGAAGGUGAUGGCGCGGUUCUCGCCGGAGUGCGCCGUGGUGCUGCUGGAGCACCUGGACCCGCCAGCGCCACCGAAAAAGGAAGAACCCAGCUUCACACCAGAAGAUGCAGUUCUGGCAUCUGUUGGCAUCGUGAAGUGUAGCCCCGACCGCGGGCUGCUGGUGUCAGAGAGCAUGUUCCUGGCCCUGGAGGAGCUGAUCCAAGCAUGCUGUGCGGAAGAUGAAGGUGUCCCCAUGGUUCUGGUGUGCGGCCCAAAAAACACUGGGAAAUCGACAUUUAACAGAUACCUGAUUAAUCUGUUACUGAAUCGCCUUCCCUCAGUUGAGUAUAUGGAAUGUGACAUAGGUCAAACCGAAUUUACGCCGCCUGGAUGCGUGUCUUUAAGUAACAUAACAGAGCCAAUUCUUGGUCCACCGUUCACUCAUCAGCAAACACCACGUAAGAUGGUGUAUUAUGGACAGACUAGUUGUGAGCAGGACACGGAAAGAUACCUUGAUGUCGUGAAGUACGUGUUCAGCUCCUAUAAGAAGGAAGUGCCUUUAGUCAUCAACACCAUGGGCUGGGUGAAAGGUGAGGGGUUGCUGCUUCUGAUAGAUAUCAUUCGGCUGUUGUCACCCAGUCACAUUGUUCAGAUGGAUGUGUACGACUGGAAGGCCAUGGCUCCGCUCACCCCAGAGUACGUUCAUCUCACUCCUGGCCUGUACACCAAAGGCAAACAGCAAGCCAAAUGCAAGCAGAUGGGUACAAGUGGAGUGGAGAACUGGAAGCCCUCUGAAGGGGAGGGAGAUGCAUUGGCUCCCGAGUAUAAGUUGCUGUACGUCCAUCCAGAAUUCCCUCGAGCAGGGGUUGCAGGUGAAGCGCGAGUACAUAGCGGCAUCUUGCGUGACAUGUCCAUACUGGGUUACCUGGGUCAGCUGCAGUCCCCAGACGUAGGGGCAGUGCUUCCGCUGCACGGUCUUGUGCCAUAUCAGGUACCUUUCAGUGCUGUUGCACUCAGGGUUAUUCACACCGAUGUUGCGCCUACCAAUAUCAUGUAUGCAGUGAAUGCCAGCUGGGUCGGGCUCUGCAGGAUACCGGAUGAAAUUAGAUGCCAAACGGACGGGCCAGUCUUGCUGACACAGACACCGGUCUGUGAUUGCCUUGGCUUCGGAAUUGUCCGUGGGGUUGAGAUGGAGAAGAAGCUUUACCACGUUCUGACGCCAGUGCCUCCGGAGAACCUGAGACUAGUAAAUUGUCUGCUCCUUGGAAAUAUUGCUGUCCCAAACUGCGUUCUUGUGGGCCAGCAAGGAGUUGAGGGAGAGAUCCCCUAUGUCACAUCCGAUUAUAACUACAGCAUCUUGGGGUCUGGAAAGCUGAAAAAGAAGAAGCAUUUCAAGAGGAGGGAGUACGCGUUCGAGUGUGAUUAUGCCUAAAGCCUUGGGGACCUUGGACCGUGGGAUUUGUUUCGUAAGGAGACUGGCCAGAGCCAGGUGUGGUCACAGAAGCUCUGGGUGCUACAGAGCUCUGAGAGAUGCUGGGCAGGUGUCCGGUGUAGGUACUACAGCAUGUC